CUAACCAUCUCACCAUCUCACCGUCUAACCGCACUGAUACUUAGUGAGGCCUUGCUGUCGCCCUUGUUAUAAUAGACUCAUCCUCCUCGCCUUUUCAGAAAACGGGGUACAGGUAGGCCUCUCCAGACAGGUUCGGUGCCCUGGCUGGUCUGAGAGCAAACGGACGGACCACAUUCAACUCACUCUCCUGGACUUGUCCCAACCUAUUUCAUCGCGAAACGCGCCACUCACCGCACGGCGAUAUCCUAUUCAUCAGCUAUGGCGUCUCCACAGUCCACGGCUUCCGGCGAUGCCCCGAAGAACAACCUUGAACAGAUCACUUUCCGCUUCUGCUCCGAAUGUUCCAACAUGCUGUAUCCCAAAGAGGACGAAGACUCUCACAAGCUCAUGUUCACCUGUCGCACUUGCCAAUACACUGAAGAGGCCACCUCGAGCUGCGUGUUCCGGCACGUUCUGAAUAGCGCCGCUGGCGAAACCGCCGGCGUGACCCAGGAUGUCGGAUCAGACCCUACGGUUUGUCGCCCUGUUUCCUCCCACCCUCAUGCUCAUCGUGCUGCUGCUACCACUGCUACUGUUGUUGCUGCUCCUGCUACUUCUACUGCUACCGUCACUGCCACCGUCUCUGCUACCACUGCUACCACUGCUGUUGUUGUCGAUUCCAGCCUGGCCCUUUGUCUCAGGUGUGGUAUUACUCUUCUCCAUUGUGCCCGGUGUAAGGACCCUGCAUCAGUCGGCGAGUACAAUGAGUGCGUUCUACGGAAUCCAGACUUUACCGUCCACCAGUCUCUGCGCUACGUGCAAUUCACAAACUAUUGGAAAUCCUUGGACUCAGAAGACCGAGCUGUCGUCGAGGGCCGGUUUGCAUCAUCCAGUGGCCUAAAAAUGCCCCGUUCCACGGAUGAGAGUAUCGUUCAAUACCUACCUUUGGAAAUGGCACUUGAUUCAGAAGCCGAUCCCCCCGAAGCCCUUGGCGUGGAGCCUUCUAUUGACGACCUGUACGAUACCGCUGGUUGAUUUUUUUUUCAAAGACAACUCACCGUCAUUCUGCAUCCAAUGUCCGGGCGCAUGUGUUACACAUAUGCUGCCUUUGUGCAGCAGAAUUCUCACAAGUGGCGUAGUCUACUUUGUCAUGCGAUCCUGGCGAGACCUCGAAAUCUGAGUUUCUUCGCUAGGGUGGGAGAACGUGAUGGACGUCAUGGUGCUACCGAUCAACCUUUCAUUAUCGAAAACGCGACUGUGAUAGCACAUCAGCGCAGCGUAGCCAGCACCUGUCUUGAGAAUGCAUGCUUCGUGUACCCUUGUGACGAAUUAUGGUGCUGACGUUUCGUCCUCGCCUGUAUAGCUCCCGCG